GGGAAGAAUGACGAGCCAAUAUAUUGACCACAGGUCUUUGACAGCGGCGCAUAUUUCAUCAUGUCAUGAAUCUGAACAUCUGCUGCAUUCAUCCAGACAAGAGAAGAAGCGGAUGAUGCAGGCUCAACACAGAGCCACUAUAGCUAGAUUGAUCAAGAAUGUGAAGAACAUCGUUUGGUCAGAUGGGAAAAGGUCCCCAACAAAGUGUCAGAUUCUGAUUGAAGCAAAGAAAUUUCUACAUCAGCAGGAAAAAGAGCUGGUUAGGCUUUUGAAACUAAAAGAGCAUCUUCAGUUGGGUGAUAAUGGCCUUCGAAACCUAGAAGAAGUGAAGCAGGAAUUCAGAAAAUUCUAUUAUACUAGCAGUUCCCCAUCUGAUCUGAAGUCUUUACAAAAGCAGGAGUGCCAUGUAAAGGAAGUCAUACCAACCUCCGACUGUGAACAGAAUCUAUUGCUCCUAUCUUCUGCUAAUGUUAUACUGCAGGAGGGACAGACCAUUAAUAUUUGGAUGAUGAAGAGGCCUGUGGUAGCUGAGGAGACGUCCUUCCCAUUAGUCUCAAAGGCUUUUUCAUGCCUGUGGGAUUCUGGGCAACAAAAAGUGGUGAUACCCUUUGUCAAAGCAGAACAGAUGUCUUUUUCCAGACAAAAAUCCGAGGAUCUUGUUCAAACUGAGUUGAAAAACAACCAUGAGGCUUUGAAUGAGAUAAUGUUUGUGUGUUCUGAGCAUCCUGAGAAGUCCUGUACUCCACCUUUCUGCACUGACGUUCUGCUCUUUGCAGAGUGA